AGUGAAAUUACUGACUGAAGAAAGUGAAAUAUCCCUGGAAGAACUGAAUCAAGAAGGGGAAGGAAAGCCUGAUGUUUCAUUCCACACUUUUUGUGCAGGAAAAUAUUAAGGCCAUUAAUAUAAUUAUAUUUACUAGAGGAAACUGGAGAACGACAGAGGAACCAGCAUGGCAGCUGCUGGUGUGACCUCUCAUCAUGGAGAGGAACAUCGUCUCUCAGAGCUGAGGAUUGUGCUGCUGGGGGAGAGAUGGAGUGGGAAGAGUUCAGCAGGAAACACCAUCCUGGGCAGAGAGGAGUUUGAGUCUGGAAUAAGAACUGCACAGUGUGUGAAGAGACAGGGUGAAGUAGCUGGGAGACAGGUCACUGUGGUCGACACACCAGGCUGGUGGACUCAUUCUGUGAAGGACACUGCAGAGCUGGAUAAACAGGAGAUUGUGUGCAGUGUGUCUCUGUGUCCCCCGGGACCCUGUGCUCUCUUCCUGGUCAUUGAUGUGAGCUCAGCAUUCAGAGGGAAACACAGGAGAUCAGUGGUGGAACAUCUGGAGCUUCUCAGUGAGAGAGUCUGGAGACACACUGUAGUGCUGUUCACCAGGGGAGACUGGCUGGUAGACACACCCAUUGAGCAGCACAUUGAGACUGAAGGGAGGGCCCUCCAAGAGCUCAUAGAGAAAUGUGGGAACAGGUACCAUGUUCUCAACAAUAAGAACAGGGCUGAUGGGACUCAGGUCACAGAGCUGCUGGAGAAGAUAGAGGAGAUGGUGGCCAGGAACAUGUUAUUCGGACAGAAAGGCGAUGAGCAAAAUGCCUUUGAGGAGGAGUGGAGGAGAAGAGUGGCAGAGCUGAUAGAGCAGAUAUUGAAGGUUGUGGUUGAGCCAGAGACAGAAGGAUCCACACUGCCAUUAUGGAAGAUGAGAGAUGGCUGUCAUUUUCUUCCACCUUCUUUAAGUGGAGGGACUCCAGCCCCCUCUGAAGCAGGCAGCUCUGUGUGGGAUUAUCAAUCUGCUCAUCAACUUUCCAGUAAGGUGUUACAGUGGCUGAAAAGGAGCAAAUCAGAGAGUUCAACAUCAUCUGGAUAUGUAACAAGGAGUUCCAUAGUGAGUCAUGCAGAGUUGUCUGACAUAGAAACACUGGUAGAGGACAGUGUGUGACACUUUUCAGACUACACACUGUUCUCCUCGGUCCCCAUGUGGUAGAUUGUGGAAUCUUUUUUUUUCCCCAAAACCUGCCAAAUUGUCAAUUUGCCAGCCCCCCACUAUUUUAACAAACAUUUAAUUUUCAUUGUUUUUGAUAAAAAAAUAUUUUCAUUCUUCUGACUACAGUGAUUUGUAUUUGUGAUCAAGUGUAGCUGAAAGGCCGAUGGAGAAAAACUCUAUUUUGAAUGGCUAUGCCAAAAUAUAACUGAAAAAUGUUUGUGUAGUUACUUACUUACGGUGUGAUGUGAAAUGUGUGCUGUGGAAGGACACAGUUGGUCUUGCUGGAUUCCUCUGGUUACUGCAGCACAGGUUCUUCCCUGUGGCUCACUUUGCACACACCGGCUACAGGAUGAGAGACACUCCUCUCUGCUCUUUCCUUCAGCUGCAGUGCUCCUGGUGUGCAGGUGGUGUAAUUCAAGAAACAUUUAGAAAAUACUUUGUAUUUAAUAUCUUACUCACCAUUGUACCUUGUAUGCAAAAGCUGAGUGGCCAUCUCUGUAUGUAUGCAUGCAUACCCACUGGUUGAGUUUAAUCUACAAAACUCUCCUUGGACUGGUUCCCACUUACUUGUGUACGUAUCUCUCCUGAGGCUUGCGCUUGCGUUCUCAUGAGACUUUGAAGUUGUUUGUUCCCUGUGUUCAUACUGAGAUGGGCAAAAAAGCUUUUAAAUAUGCUGCCACAUACAGGAAGAUUUAAAACUAAAUCAGAGUUGAUUUGUUUUGGUGAAUUUGUUUCAGUUAUAAAAGACAUAAAAUCUAACA